AUGGCGCAUGCAAGUGGUGCAGCCGAAACGGUUAAAGAACCACGGAUAAGGGCGACAAAUUAUCAGCUAGUUUGGUUAGCGCAUAAUAUUGAGAAAAUACAACAAGAUUUUACUCAAUCGUUCAAUGAUUUACAAAGUAUGACAAAAUCCAUGGAAGUAUUCAGUAGUGCUGAUGUACUAGUGAAUCAUAUAUUUGAAAAUAAUCGAAACAAAAUCAUUUUGGUGAUAGCCGGAGCUCUGGGAGAAAAUACGAUACCUAUUAUUCACGAUGCACCUCAUCUUGAUGCUGUCUUCGUCUUCUGUCUUAAUCGAAGUCGACACGAAAAAUGGGCUAAAGAUUGGACAAAAGUCGCGGGUGUUUAUGACAAGAUCGAUGCCGUGUGUGAAGCAGUAAAACAGCGCUUACAAAGUGAAGCUUCAAAAGAGCCUCCACAGAUUACCCCAGAAACAGAUCCAAUAAGUGAUCCACCUCAGCCACCACGACGACAUAGUAAUCGGGUUAAAUCGACUACUCUCGAUGAUCAAAAACACGAAAAGAGAAGAAAACGGUCACACGACCGUCGAGAUCGAUCACACGAGACCGUUCGACCCAAUGAUGACGUGUCAGCAACCACUAUUCAUGCAGCUUCAUCUGCCGAUUCGAUAAUGAUGGAAAAGGAGAUGCCCAAGGAUUCAUCUAAACAGGAUGACGACGACCUUAUUUCAUUGGUAAAGUUGCGGUUGCCACCGAAACGAGAUGCAUCCAGUUCGAAACCUUCAUUACCGACCACGUUAGACCAACUGAGGGAAACUCUAAUUACUAUAACAGAACGAAAAUUAGGUACAACUACUCUUCGCAAGAGUGAUCCUCACGGUCCAACAUCAUCAGCGAGUAAAGGUGUAUCCGAUCGAUCGGAACAUACUCUUAUGGAAACUAUUCGAGAAGGCGUAGACACCAAGCCAAACGAUACUAACGAAUUAAGCAAGAUGUUUAAUGACUUGAAGCAAUCGCUGCUUGAUACGCUUGCACAACAACAACCAUUGUUAUUGAAAGAACUGAUUAAAGAAACGGUUGAAGAAGCGAUUAAAAGUCAAGAGAAACCAAUGGCAUCUACUACUCCUAGGACGACUGCGUUGCCUACUCUUCGACGAACAAUUACGCUAGCUUCAGUUCCAGAAGUACAAAUCACUGCUGAUUCGAAGAAAACCCGUACUGAUGCUGCUUUUCGUCAACAGCGUGCUGCUGUUGUUGCAAAUAAAGAUUUUCGUAAUAGGGUUCGGCAAUGGUCAACAGUAACCUCAAUGGCUGAUCUUGUAUCGAACAUCAAAGCAUGUGGUUCGAAUGAUUUAGAACAUACAUGGUUACUAUUUUGUUGGAUAGGUCAAAAUAUUAAGUAUGCAUUGCACUGUAAUAACAAUGCCGCGGAAACUGUUUUUCGAACAAGACAAGGCGUUUGUCGUGGCUUCGCUAGUCUCUAUCACGAAUUUUGCACAUUACUCGGUAUUCAAUGUUUUGAAAUAAGUGGAUUUGCUAAAAAUAAUUUCGUGCAAGGCUUUGUCGAACUGAAGCAGUCACCUCAUGCAUGGAAUAGCGUUGUAAUCGAUGAUCAUACCUACUUAGUCGAUCCAACGUGGGGUGCUGGUGGCCGUGAUAAUGAAGUAACGCUCGAAGAUUUCUAUUUUCUGACACCACCGGAGGAAUUUAUUUAUUCACAUUAUUGCCUCGGAACACAAUUACUCGAACCUGAGAUAACUAUCGAUGAAUUUCUUAGUUUGCCAGUUAUGAAAUCGUCCUAUUACCAAUUUGAUUUGAAUUUAUUAUCGCCAAAGCAAGGUUUUAAUCCCAUUAACGAUAAUCUGUUCAAAGUAUCAGUUCGAACACCAAAGCAUGUCGAAUUGACUGCCAGUUUGCAAAUCGGCCAUGAACAAUAUCCACGUAAUCUGCACACAUUAUGUCAACGAGAUGAGAAUAAUCCUGAUAUAUUCAACUGUUUCUUUGCUCCACCUGUCGAUGGCCUUUAUAAUGUCGAUAUCUACGCAAAGACCAGUGAAGAAACAUCCUAUCAAGGUGUUAUCAACAUGCGUCUACAGGUUUCCAAUCUGAUGAGUAGUUUUACUUUUCCCCAAACCUAUUUGACUUUCUCUCAACACAACUGUAUUCUAAUUCACCCAUUACAACGUCUUGUGUACAAAAACGAUGAAAUACUAAUUCAUAUGAUUAUACCGAAUGCCAAUGUGAUUAAAAUUGAGAAUGGCGAUUAUCAAAUCGUUCCCGAUAAGGAUGAAUAUAAAAAGGGUGUUUUGCAGAAAAAAAUACGUGUUCAAGGAAAUAUUAAAAUUUGUGGCCGGUGGGAUGCAAACGCUGAUACUAUCUCAGUCAUCUGUAUAUUUCACAUGGCUUAA